AUGCCAAUGCCUUGGAUCUGGUCCUGCCACAAAUGCCACACUCGGUACCAUUUGGGUGCCACAAGAAGAUGCCUUCAUGACGGCCACUACUUUUGCGGCGGCACUACCGUCGACAAAAUCAGUGGCAAGGUGAAGAAGCACAGAGCUUGUGUUAGUGAAUUUGACUACAGUGGCUGGGAAGAUUUUGCUAGAUGGAAAAGAGCGACAAGUAGAAAAGGUGAAAAGGCUGGCAGGAAACACUGCGAAGACGAAUGCGACUUUCCUAGUUCAUGUCAUUGGAAAGAACAGCAUCCUGUUCAGGAGACCGGGUUUGGAUUUCUUGAUCCUAGCUGUCUCGACACGGAGCCCGACACGUCGUCAGUCGAGGGCAAACUAACAGUCCAAGAAAGCACUGGAAGUUAUAUCGGCAAAAUUAGGAGAGCAGCAGAAAAACGUACAACGAAAGUAGCCAAGGCACUUUUAUCACCAAUAGCAGAAGAGGACCAGAAAGCAUCAUCGUCUCUUGAUCCAAGGCCAAGAAUGAAUGGCCUCGGCCUCCACUUCCCAGUCAUGGACUUCUCGAGCUCCAAAAAUAGCGUCAAGGAGAUUCAUGGGCACGUGGACAAAGCAAAGAUAAAGCUUUCAAUCCCAAACAGUCGGCAGAUGUCAGGUCGGGUCGUUCACGUAUGGGAAGAUGAUGUUGACAUGACGGAUUGGAUAACACCAGAAGCCACCGAAAGUCCGCCAAUCUCUCCUUGCGCCCGGCCAGAUGCAGUUGAAGUGCCUUUCGACUUCGGGCUCGAGCAAGACCAGGGUCCUCCAGCAUCUGUGGCCGAUGAUGAUUCGCCAGUUUCACCGAUGCGAAGUGCAUGGAACUGGACGGCUGGCGGCAUUGGAGUUGCGUUGUCGCCGCCUGCUUUGCCAAUAGAGGACGAGAUUUGGGAUGAAGGGAUGGAAGAUGAGAUGGAUGAAGCAGAUAUGAUGUGGGACAGAGGGGAGACGGUGAAAGCGGAGAGCUUAAUCCUCGAUGCUUUAUUUGACCCAGUCAAGGGAUGA